AUGUCUUUGAUUUUCUUACUUUUGCUGCUGCUGCUGUUGCUGGCGGGGGCCCUGGUGGGGGCCUUCAAAGCCCGCGAUGUGAUCCAACAGCUAAAUGAAGAUCUCAGACUCGAACUAAAUAUCUACUUGAAUUGUGGAGGACUCGCUGAGGAGACGCACCGCAUGGAGAUGCCCAAAAUUAUACUGGAUACAGAAUCGGAUGAUCCGCUGCCUAGGAUUUUGGGUCGCUUCAGUGAGCGAUGCCUGACGAUUGCCUGUACGGAGGACAAUCGAACGUUGUCGGGGAUUGUGCAGCUGCUUUGGGGGCUGCAGCAUUUGCCGAUACUCUUUGUGCUGUCGCACCAAAAGGAUUUCCCCUUUGAGAGGGCUCUCGGCCAGGGUUUCCUGCACGUAUUGGCUCUAAAUCGAAGCGACGGUGAACUCUACACGUAUCUGCCAUACCCCAGGGUACAGGAACAUCGACUGGCGGCCGUCGCGGAGUACCAUCGCCUGACGCGACUCCGAAAUCUGCAGGGGCAUGCGGUGCACAUCACUGUGGAGACAAUGGCGCCGCGUUGCUUCCACUACACGGAUCGCUGGGGCAGGCAUGUGUACGCGGGGUACAUGUACAAGCUGCUGCACGAGUUCAUUCGCGUCCACAACGGCACAGAGGUAACUGUGCUACAGGACGUGGAUCCCAUACCCCUGGCCGUGGGUUUGUUUAUGUUCAAGCGGGGGGCCAUUGAUAUGGCGCCCAGGAUCAUCCAUCCGCUGGGCUGGGUGUCCUACUAUCGCAGUCAUGUGCUCUUCAAUGUGAACGGGUAUAUUAUGGUGCCGUGGGCCGAGCCGCUGCCCAAGAGCCUGUAUAUUGUGCGUCCGUUUGAGUCGGCCGUGUGGGCGGGUCUCAUUGGUUACCUGCUGCUGGCCACACUCAUCAUCCGAUGGAUGCGCGAUGAGACGAGCAGCCUGGCGGCCACAUUCCUGCAGGUGCUGCAGAUGAUGCUGCAGCAGUCGAUGAACAGCAUGCGGCACUUUACGCAGGGACUGCGGCAUGUCCUCGUGUUCUUGGCCCUCUUCACUGUGGGCUUUAUACUGAGCACCCUUUACACGGCGCAGCUCUCCAGCUCCCUGACGACGGGCCUGUACAAGCGACAGAUCAACAGCUUUGACGAUCUCGCCCACACCGAUCGGAAAAUAAUGAUGGAGAAGUUCGACAUUGAGUUCCUGCUGAACCACACGAGAUCUGGCGUCAUUCAGCCGGGCCUCAUUAACAUCGUUCUGAACACGUCACUCGAUCAGGUCUUCUACCAUCGCAGGCAUCUGAACACCACGUACAUCUAUCAGGCCAUGGAGGAUCGCCUCCGUUUCGAGCUCUUUCAGCAGCGAUAUCUACGCGUGCCGCUGUUCAAGAAGCUCACCGAGGUCUUCUACCAGGUGCCCUUCUUUGUGGGCCUCCGGCACGGCCUGCCGUAUGCAGGACUCUUCAACGUGUACCUCCGACGCAUCUGGGAGUCGGGCAUAUUGUUGAAAUGGGAGGGGGAGGCCUACUUUGAGGGUAUAUUCAGUGGCGAGAUUCGCUUUCACAUACCCACGGGCCUGCAGAUCCAAGUCUUUGACAUGGAAUUCUAUUACUGCACUUACAUAUUGCUGGCUCUUGGCUGGCUUAGCAGCGCCAUUGUGUUUCUGAUGGAGCGAAUGGCAUGUUGUAGAGCUGCUAAGUCAUCGAUGGUGGAAAUAUAA